AUGCCUCUCAUCGUCCCGACUCGCAUCAAACCCAGGGUCAUCCUGGGUCUCAUGACAUUUGGCCCGAGCAAGGAGGCUGGGGCGCGCAUCACCGACGUGAAGACGCUGGGCAAGGCGCUCGACGUGCUGCGGGCGCGGGGCUACGACGAAAUCGACACGGCACGCAUCUACAUUGAUGGCGCGCAAGAGGCCUUUACCCGCGAGGCCGGGUGGAAGGACCGGGGCUUCACGCUGGCGACAAAGGUCGAGUACCCGCACAAGCCGGGGGCCAACAACGCCCAGGCGGUGGUUGCGUCGGUGGAAAAGAGCCUAGCAGAGCUGGGCACUGAUUGCGUUGAUAUCCUCUACCUUCACUGCCCCGACCGCAGCACCCCGUUUGCUGAGACUCUCGAGGCGCUCAACGAGCUGCACAAGGCGGGCAAGUUUGUGCAGCUGGGCCUGAGCAACUUUGCCGCGCACGAGGUGGCCGAGGUGGUGCUGACGUGCAAGUACAACGGCUGGGUGCGUCCGACCGUGUACCAGGGCAUGUACAACUGCAUCACGCGGCACAUUGAGCAGGAGCUGUUUGUCGCGUGCCGCCGGUACGGCCUCGACAUUGUCGUCUACAACCCGCUCGCCGGCGGGCUCUUUUCCGGCAAGAUCAAGUCCAAGGACGCGGUGCCCGAGAGCGGCCGCUUCUCGGACGAGGCAAGCGUGCAGGGCGGCCGGUACCGCGACCGCUACUUCAAGGACGGCGUGUUUCGCGCGCUGCAGAUUGCCGAGGAGGCGGCCGUCGACAAGCACGGGCUGACGCUGAUUGAGACGGCGCUGCGGUGGACGGCGCACCACUCCAAGCUAAACUUGGUUGGCGCCGACGGCGGCAACGACGGCAUCAUCCUCGGCGUGUCGAGCGUCGAGCAGCUCGAGAGCAACCUGGACAGCAUCGAAAAGGGUCCGCUGCCGGACGAUGUUGUCGAGGCGCUGGACCGGGCCUGGGAGGCGGCCAAGCAGGAUGCGGCGCCGUACUGGCACGGCAAGCUAGAGUACGGGUAUGAUACGAAGCGGGUGCUGUUUGCGCCGGGUGCCAAGUAG